UUUCCUUUGUAUAGAAAUGCUGAGUAAAGUUAUCUAAUUUUGUUAGUGUUUGUACGGUUAUCUACAGCUCAGAGUGUUUAUUAAGUUAAAACAUGGCCUGGACAGGAUACCAGAAGUUCCUUGCCCUGAUGAUGGUAGUCACGGGGUCCAUCAACACUUUGAGCACUAAGUGGGCUGACAAAGUUCAAUCAAAGGGAUCAGAUGGUGUAGUUAGAGUUUUCGAGCACCCUUUCUUACAGGCAGCAGCUAUGUUUCUCGGUGAAAUGCUGUGCUUACUUGUAUUCAAACUGAUAUAUUUUAAGACCCGGAAUACAGGAGGUCACCAACUGACACAGGGCAACCAAAGUUUUAAUCCCUUCAUCUUGAUGCCAGCUGCAAUGUUUGAUUUAGUGGGGACCUCGAUCAUGUAUGUGGGCUUGACACUUACAUACGCCAGCAGUUUUCAAAUGUUUCGAGGGUCAGUCAUUAUAUUUGUGGCAGCAUUCUCCACUAUCUUCCUCGACAAACAAAUCAUCAAGAGAGAGUGGGCCGGGAUAGCUGGCGUGAUCCUGGGGCUGGUGAUCGUGGGGUCGACGGACGCCAUCUUCCGCGAGCCCGGCGAGACCAAGGGGCCCAACAGCCUCAUCACCGGCGACCUGCUCAUCAUCGUGGCGCAGGUCAUCACCUCCUGCCAGAUGGUCUACGAAGAGAAAUACGUUAGAGGGUUGAACAUCCCGCCGCUGCAGGCGGUGGGGUGGGAGGGGGUGUUCGGGUUCUCGGCGCUGUCGGCGCUGCUGGGGGUGUUCUACUGGACGCCGGCGCCGCCGCACUUCGGGCACAACGCGCGCGGCACCGUCGAGGACGCCAUCGACGGCCUGGUGCAGAUAGGAAAUAAUCCAGUGCUGCUGGUGGCGAUUCUCGGCACGAUCGUUUCGAUCGCUUUCUUCAACUUCGCCGGCAUCAGCGUGACCAAGGAGAUGUCUGCCACCACCAGGAUGGUGCUGGAUUCCGUAAGGACGCUGGUGAUCUGGAUGGUGUCGCUGGCGGUGCGCUGGCAGGUGUUCCACUGGCCGCACCUGCUCGGGUUCGCGGUGCUCAUCUACGGCAUGGCGGAGUACAACGCGCUGGUGCCGCGCUGCCGGCGCGCGCCCGCCGCCGCCGCGCCCGCGCCCGCGCCCCACAGCGCCGCCGCCGACCACGAGGACGACCAGGAGGAGCCCUAGCCCCGC